GUUGUCAUGUUUAAUGUUUGUGUACCUCUCUCUCUCUCUCCAGGUUGUCAGGCUGACUUCUGGGGCCCCCACUGCACUAACCGGUGCCAGUGUCAGAACCGGGCCCAGUGUAACCCCAUCACGGGGGCGUGUGUGUGUACGGACGGGUACCAGGGCUGGCGCUGUGAGGAGCUGUGCGAGGCAGGGCUCUAUGGGAAGGGAUGCCAGCUAGAGUGCCAGUGUCUCAACGGUGCCACCUGCCAUCACGAGACCGGAGAGUGCCUCUGUGCACCGGGAUACACCGGGGCUAUCUGUGGUGAGCGGUGUCCCUCUGGUAGUCAUGGCGCCCAGUGUGAGCUGCGUUGCCCGUGUCAGAACGGUGGAACGUGCCAUCACGUCACGGGGGAGUGCUCCUGCCCCGCUGGAUGGAUGGGCUCGGUGUGUGCCCAGCCGUGCCAGUUUGGCACCUACGGCAUCAACUGUAGCCAGGAGUGCCCCUGCCGGAACAGAGGUCUGUGUGACCACAUCAGCGGGCAGUGCCAAUGUACCGCCGGCUACAGCGGAGAGAGAUGUCAGGAGGAGUGUCCGGGGGGGUCGUACGGUCCUCAGUGUUCACAUAAGUGUGACUGUCAGAACAGAGCGAGGUGUUACCAUGUCAACGGGGCCUGUCUGUGUGAUGAGGGGUUCAAAGGUCCGAGCUGUCAGGACAGGUUCUGUCCCUCUGGACAGUAUGGACUCAUCUGUGAUAAAUACUGUCCCUGUAACGCCUCAAACACACUCAGCUGCCAUCCGUUGUCGGAGUGUGCGUGCGCGGCGGGGUGGGCGGGUCUGUUCUGCAACGAGACCUGUCCGUCAGGUUACUAUGGCGAGGGAUGUAAGGAGGCAUGUGCGUGUGCCAACGGAGCCGACUGUGAGGGCUUCACCGGCGCCUGUGUCUGUGCCCCCGGGUACACGGGUGAUGACUGUUCUCUGACCUGUCCUGCUGGGGUGUAUGGGGCCAACUGUUCCUCUCCCUGUAACUGCCACAACCAGAUCGCCUGCUCACACAUCGACGGAUCCUGCAUGUGCAGAGAAGGUUGGCAGGGUGUGGAUUGUACCAUCUCGUGCUCCAGUGAUACCUGGGGUCUGAACUGUAAUCAGACGUGCCUGUGUGCCAACGGGGCGGCCUGUGACCCGGGCAAUGGAACCUGUACCUGCGCCCCGGCUGGAUGGACGAGUACUGUGACACAACCUGUCCCGAGGGCACGUAUGGAGAACAGUGUCGAGAGCAGUGUGACUGUAUCCAUGCCGAUGGCUGUGACCCUGUGA